AUGCCGCUAUCAGACAUUCCAGAUGUCGACAUCGAUCCUUCGGGAACAUUCAAGUAUAUUCUGAUCAAGUGCACCGACAAGUCAUCGAUGGAGACGAAGCACAUCGUGCGUGGAUAUUACAAAUGUCAUUUUCAUGUCGAUAUCCUCAGAGCUGCUCGAGAGAUGCGGACCGUCUUACUGCGCUUCAGUAUGUAUUGA